CGAUGGAUCCCAAGCCGCGGCUGUUCAAACGGGCCGCCUCCCCCGGCGCCAGGAUCUGCUCCCCGCCGCCCGGCUUGACGUCCGCCGGCCCUUGCUGUUGCCCCGACGGCAGCCCCCCGGCCGCCGGCUGGCCCUGCGGGCUCGUCGGCCCUUGCAAGCCGCCGCCGCCGCCCCCUUCCGCCGGCAACGCCGUUUACACGGUGCUAGUGGGAGACGCGUCGCUCCGGAGGAGAAGCCGGCGUCGGAGCUGCGAAGACGGCGAGGCUAAGAGCCUCUCCGGCCGAGGACGGCUGCAGGUUUUGCAGAAGAACCCCGCUCACUGCAACGGAAAGGUGCUUCCGGGAGGAGUGGAAGCCGCCAAUGGCCGAUCGAGGCACCUUUCGGACCCCUUGGUGCUAAAAGAGCCGGAGGGAGAGGCAGCGGUGCUGUGGCUCCUCGACCAGACACCUCUGCACCAUUCAGACCACAUCCCGGUGCCCAGCCAAAGGAAGCUCUCAGGGAAGGCGGGGAUUGACGAGGUGAUGGCCGCGGCUGUCCUCACCAGCUUGUCCACCAGUCCUGUGGUGCUAAACAACCCGACCAGCGGCUUUGGUGCAGAGACCAGCUGUGACCCUUGGAAGGAAGCCCCCGCCAUGUCCUCGAGCUGCAGCAGCAGCAGCAACAACAGCGGGGACUGGAGCUGGGACCCGCCGAGCGACCUUUCCACCCCCUCCACACCCUCGCCGCCUCUGUCCACCGACAUUGCCACGAGCUUCCUGUCGUCUCUCCAGUCGGACAUCGAGGAGCCUGAAACGCCUCACUUCCUGUUCGGGGAUCCCAUCCCUCGGAAGAGGAAGAACUCAACCAAGGUGAUGUUCAAGUGCCUGUGGAAGAACUGCGGGAAGGUGUUGAGCAGUUCCUCGGGGAUGCAAAAGCACAUCAGGACCAUUCACCUGGGGCGGAAAGCUGACCUGGACCAGAGCGACGGGGAGGAAGACUUCUACUACACCGAGCUGGACGUCAACGUGGACUCCCUCACGGAUGGCCUGUCGAGCUUGACGCCCGUUUCCCCCACCUCCUCGGCGCCCCCCGCUUUCCCCAUCCUCGAAGAGGCACCGCAGCCCCCAGCAAUUGCACUGAAGCAGGAGGUUUCCCUGGUGUCUCCCCUGAGCCCGUCGGCAGCUACGACCAUCCUGAGCCAAUCAGCACCCACCAGCCUGUGCCAUAUCCAGACAGACCACGCCUACCAGGCUGCUGGUCCCACUGGCCUCCUGGCCGACCUGAAAGCUCCACCCCAGGGAAUGGAAAUCAGCAUAUCGUGGCAGCAGCCCGCUCUGUUCCCGCCCCCGUUGCCACCCGUUCUUUUUAAAAGCCCUUCGGGCUGCCUGACACCCAUCCGGCCAGCUGAUGUCGGAGAGAGGCGCCCGCAGCCGUCUCCUGUGCCAAUUGCCAAAGGACACCCCGUCGUGCCCCCUUCCAUGCCAAAGCCUGCAGCUGGUACCAGGCGACCGCGUGGCGAAGCCAAGAAGUGUCGCAAGGUGUACGGGAUGGAGAACCGGAGCAUGUGGUGCACCGCCUGCCGCUGGAAGAAGGCCUGCCAGCGUUUCGUCGACUGAGUGGGGGCCCCACCUCCUCGGGAUGCCGGCCGCCUGCCCGCUGCGCUUGGUCCCGGUGGAGCGUUUUACUUUUAUUGCACUUGGGUGCCUUCGAGCCUGACCUCCCCGUCCAUCCACCCGACCCCGACCCCCCCUCUGCAGCAACUCCCCCACCCAAGGUGGGGGGGCUCACCUCUGUGCCUUGGCUCAGGAAAAAAAAAAGGAGCGUUGAUACGGACCGGACUGUGGUGGUACCACUAUUUGGACGUGAGGAAG